AUGAGAGAGAUCGUGCACAUCCAGGCGGGCCAGUGCGGCAACCAGAUCGGAGCCAAGUUCUGGGAGGUGAUCAGUGAUGAGCAUGGGAUAGACCCCAGUGGGAACUAUGUCGGGGACUCUGAUCUGCAGCUGGAAAGGAUCAGUGUGUACUACAAUGAAGCCUCCUCUCACAAAUAUGUCCCCAGAGCCAUCCUGGUGGACCUGGAACCUGGCACCAUGGACAGUGUUCGCUCAGGCGCUUUUGGACACCUCUUCAGACCAGACAACUUCAUCUUUGGUCAAAGUGGUGCAGGGAACAACUGUCUGCAAGGCUUCCAGCUCACUCACUCCCUCGGUGGGGGCACAGGAUCUGGCAUGGGGACCCUCCUUAUUAGCAAAGUCCGUGAAGAAUAUCCAGACCGGAUCAUGAACACUUUCAGCGUGGUGCCUUCCCCCAAAGUAUCUGACACUGUGGUAGAGCCUUACAAUGCCACCUUGUCUAUCCACCAGCUGGUGGAAAACACAGAUGAGACCUACUGUAUCGACAAUGAAGCCCUCUAUGACAUCUGCUUCCGGACCCUCAAGUUGGCCACCCCAACCUAUGGAGACCUCAACCAUCUGGUUUCUGCCACCAUGAGUGGUGUGACCACCUCUCUGAGAUUCCCAGGGCAGCUCAAUGCAGAUCUGCGCAAGCUGGCGGUCAACAUGGUUCCCUUCCCUCGCCUCCACUUCUUCAUGCCCGGCUUUGCUCCCCUGACGGCCCGCGGGAGCCAACAGUACCGAGCCUUGACUGUGCCUGAGCUCACCCAACAGAUGUUUGAUGCCAAGAACAUGAUGGCUGCCUGCGAUCCCCGCCAUGGUCGCUACCUCACUGUGGCCACAGUCUUCAGAGGACGCAUGUCCAUGAAGGAGGUGGACGAGCAGAUGCUCGCAAUCCAGAGCAAGAACAGCAGCUACUUUGUGGAAUGGAUCCCCAACAAUGUCAAAGUGGCUGUAUGUGACAUCCCGCCCCGUGGCCUGAAGAUGUCCUCUACCUUCAUUGGCAACAGCACCGCCAUCCAGGAGCUCUUCAAGCGCAUCUCAGAGCAGUUCACAGCCAUGUUCCGGCGCAAGGCCUUCCUCCACUGGUACACUGGGGAGGGCAUGGAUGAGAUGGAGUUCACAGAGGCGGAGAGCAACAUGAACGACCUGGUCUCCGAGUACCAGCAGUACCAGGAUGCCACCGCUGAAGAGGAAGGGGAGAUGUAUGAAGAUGACGAGGAAGAAUCUGAAGCCCAGGGUGCCAAGUGA